ACGCCGCGGCCCAAGUUCUCGGUGUGCCUGCUGGGCGACCAGCAGCACUGCGACGAGGCCAAAGCGGUUGACAUUCCUCACAUGGACAUAGAAGCGCUGAAGAAACUCAACAAGAACAAGAAGUUGGUGAAGAAGCUGGCUAAGAAGUACGAUGCCUUCCUGGCCUCGGAGUCCCUGAUCAAACAGAUCCCUCGAAUCCUGGGCCCGGGUCUGAACAAAGCCGGCAAGUUCCCCUCCCUGCUCACUCACAACGAGAACCUGGUGGCCAAGGUUGAUGAGGUCAAAUCGACCAUCAAAUUUCAGAUGAAGAAGGUGCUCUGUCUGGCUGUGGCUGUUGGGCACGUGAAGAUGACGGAGGAUGAACUUGUCUACAACAUCCACCUGGCCAUCAACUUCCUGGUGUCCCUGCUGAAGAAGAACUGGCAGAAUGUGCGAGCUCUGUACAUCAAGAGCACCAUGGGGAAGCCCCAGCGCCUCUACUAACAGAGCAGCAAUAAACUCCUCAGACACCU